GUAUUCAUUUCUUCAACUAUGUAAACCUUUUAAACAAAAAAAUGGAUUUUCUAAACUCAUCAGACCAAAAUUUAACCUCAGAGGAACUGUUAAACCGAAUGCCAUCCAAAAUUCUGGUAUCCCUCACUCUGUCUGGCCUGGCCUUGAUGACAACCACCAUCAACUCCCUCGUGAUCACUGCAAUCAUUGUGACUCGGAAGCUGCACCACCCAGCCAACUAUUUAAUCUGUUCCUUGGCAGUUACAGACUUUCUUGUUGCUGUCCUGGUUAUGCCCUUUAGCAUCGUGUACAUUGUGAGCGAGAGUUGGAUUAUGGGACAAGGACUCUGUGACCUUUGGCUGAGUGUUGACAUCAUCUGCUGUAGCUGCUCCAUCUUGCACCUGUCGGCUAUAGCGUUGGAUAGGUACCGAGCAAUCACAGACGCAGUCGAGUAUGCCAGGAAGAGGACUCCCAGGCAUGCUGGCAUCACGAUUACAACAGUGUGGGUUAUAUCUGUGUUCAUCUCCAUGCCUCCUCUCUUCUGGAGGCACCAAGGAAAUAGCCGUGAUGAUCAGUGUAUCAUCAAACAUGACCAUAUUGUUUCCACAAUUUACUCCACGUUUGGAGCCUUCUACAUCCCACUUGUGUUGAUAUUGAUCCUCUACUACAAAAUAUACAGAGCAGCAAGGACACUAUACCACAAGAGACAAGCAAGUCGGAUGAUAAAGGAGGAACUGAAUGGCCAAGUCCUUUUGGAGAGUGGUGAGAAGAGCAUUAAACUGGUCUCCACAUCCUACAUGUUAGAAAAAUCCUUAUCUGAUCCAUCAACAGACUUUGAUAGAAUUCACAGCACAGUGAAAAGUCCCAGAUCUGAGCUGAAGCACGAGAAAUCUUGGAGAAGACAGAAAAUCUCAGGCACUCGAGAACGCAAAGCAGCCACUACCCUGGGAUUGAUCUUGGGCGCAUUUGUAAUAUGUUGGUUGCCCUUUUUUGUAAAGGAAUUGGUUGUUAAUAUCUGUGAAAAAUGUAAAAUUUCUGAAGAAAUGUCAAAUUUUUUGGCAUGGCUUGGUUACCUGAAUUCUCUUAUAAACCCACUGAUUUAUACCAUCUUUAAUGAAGACUUUAAGAAAGCCUUCCAAAAACUUGUACGAUGUCGAAAUUAGGAUUUAAAAAAAAGCCUAUUUUUAAAGGGUAGAGGCUGUAUUUCUUGGGGGGGGGAGGGAUAACUAAAUGAAUGUAAAGUAAUAAAAGAUUGAAAUUUUUAGAGAAAAUAUAUAAAGACUGCUAAAAUUAUAAGAGGAUAAAUUUAUUUUUAAUAGUACCAAGAAAAUAAGAUAUACUAAUUUGGCCAUCAUUUUAAUGUUCUCAAAAUUAGGAAAUAAUUUAGGCAGCUCAGCUCAUAAUAUUUUUUCUAUGCAAUA